CAGCAGAGAGUGCUUGGCACGAAGAAGUCCGAGCCCUCACCCCAUGAUGCAUCGUAUGUUGUUGCGAACUUGAUCGGUACCACAGGGCCAGGUUUACAUUGCAUCGGCACGUGUUUCCUGAACGCUUGACUUACUGGCAAGACCAGAAACACCAGGCAAACAUCAUCUCUGGGCCGUAUUUUGCGGUUUGGGUUCAAGCUCGAUUCGCUGUCGGGGUGUGCCCGAACCACCUCCUUGUGCGGGUGACGUUCUCACGCCACCACAUCAGAUCAGGCGCAUCAUGGCGCCAAAAAAGAGUGCAGCACCAGCGCCGCUUUGGCCGCGGAUUCGGUUGCCCAACUACAUCACUAACUGCCAGGACGCCCCCCUGAGGAAGAAGAUGCUGAAUAUGGCCAAGGACUUGUACCGUGCUCGCCUCGAGGCUACGAUGUACAAGGCCCGCGUCAAGGCUCUGCGCACAUCGAUGCGCACCGUGGGCUCUGGUGCUCAACAAGCCUUGGACUCGGACACGGUUCGGGCGGACACCAACGAGGAGAAGUCGCUCGAGCUCAAGGGGGCUGUGAUCAUGGACGCUGACUAGGCGACACGGUGGUCUUCGGGAUGCGUGUCACCUUUUUUGUCUGCUGCUGAGUUAUCACGCUAUCGAGUGUGAUUCCAGUAUCCGACCGUCGGCGUGGCAUGGAUGUAUUUCGCGGGGGCUUAGAGCCUUCACUCUUAGAAGUUGUCUCGAGGCACCGCUUCUCACUUCGACGACAGGGCUGGAGCUAAGCUAAGCGCAGCGAGCAAAACAAAACAU